AUGGCGAUAGACCGGCGACGCGAGGCGGGCGGCGGGGGCCGCCCGCCGCCGCCGCCGCCGGAGGAGAACGGCUCGGUGCCGGCGGGCGCCGCCGCCGCCCCGUCGGGGCCGCCCGCCGGGGCCGCCGCUGCCGCCGAGAUCCAGGCGCUGCCGCCGGCCGCCGCCUGCAGCCCGCUGCUCCUCGACUACGACGGCUCGGUGCUGCCCUUCCUCGGGGGCCUGGGCGGCGGGUACCAGCGGACCUUGGUGCUGCUCACCUGGAUCCCGGCCCUCUUCAUUGGCUUCAGCAAGUUCUCGGACUCCUUCCUCCUGGACCAGCCGGACUUCUGGUGCCGGGAGGCGGACGGGCAGGGCAACUGGAGCAGCUCCCUGGCGCCGGGCCCCACCAACCACAGCGGCAACGGCAGCCUCUUCCCCCCGCUGGUGCUGCCCACGCCCGCGGGGGGCAACGCCAGCGAGUGCGAGUGCCACGAGUGGCACUACCGCAUCAGAGCCGGCCUCGUGCAAAACGUCGUCAGCAAGUGGGAUCUUGUUUGUGAUUCUGCCUGGAAGGUCCACAUUGCUAAAUUCUCCCUACUGGUAGGGUUAAUCUUCGGCCACUUAAUAACAGGAUGUAUAGCUGACUGGGUUGGUCGACGGCCCGUACUGCUCUUCUCUGUCGUGUUCAUUUUGGUAUUUGGACUGACUGUGGCACUCUCGGUGAAUGUGACAAUGUUCAGCACACUCAGGUUUUUUGAGGGGUUUUGCCUGGCUGGAAUAGUCCUCUCCCUGUACGCACUGCGGAUUGAGCUCUGUCCUCCUGGGCACCGGUUCAUGAUCACGAUGGUGGCAAGUUUCAUCGAAAUGGCAGGGCAGUUCCUCAUGCCUGGGCUGGCUGCCCUCUGCAGGGAUUGGCAGGUCCUCCAGGCAGUCAUCAUCUGCCCUUUUCUGCUGAUGCUGCUUUACUGGGUUAUUUUCCCAGAGUCUCUUCGGUGGCUAAUGGCUACACAACAGUUCGAAGCAUCCAAGGAACUUAUCCUUCAAUUCACUCGCAAGAACAGGAUGAACCCGGAAAGCGAUAUCAAGGGAGUGGUGCCCGGGCGUAGGAUGGACGAAUCAGUGCGUAGGAUGGACGAUGCUGUGGGAAUGAAGCUGUUGUCUGUUCCUCAUUUGUUGCAGAAUUUGGAAGAGCUGGAGAAGGAGCUCAGCAGGAGACCAAAGAAGGUCUGCAUCGUUAAAGUGGUGGGAACCAGGAACCUGUGGAAAAACAUUGUGGUCUUGUGUGUGAACUCGCUGACUGGUUAUGGCAUACACCACUGCUUUGCAAAAAGUAUGAUGGGGCACGAAGCGAAGAUGACGAUUACCCACAACUUCUAUGCGGACUACUAUACCAUGGCGGGGAUUGCUCUGGCAUCCUGCCUGGCUAUGUGCCCAGUGGUUGGGUUUCUGGGGAGGAGAGGAGGACUCUUGCUCUUCAUGAUUCUUACAGCUCUAGCCUCACUUCUGCAGCUUGGCCUUCUCAACUUGAUUGGAAAAUACAGUCAACUUCCAGACUCAGGUAUGAGUGACAGCGUCAAGGACAAAUUCUCUACUGCAUUUUCCAUUGUGGGUAUGUUUUCUUCACAUGCCGUUGGAAGUCUCAGCGUAUUCUUCUGUGCUGAAAUCACACCCACAGUAAUAAGGGGUGGCGGGCUGGGGCUGGUCCUGGCCAGCGCCGGCUUUGGCCGCCUCACCGCCCCCAUCAUGGAGCUCCACAACCAGAAAGGCUACUUCCUCCACCACGUCAUCUUCGCCUGCUGUACCCUCAUCUGCAUCAUCUGCAUCCUGCUCCUGCCAGAGAGCAAGAACCAGAACCUGCCUGAAAACAUCCCGGACGGUGAACAUUACACCAGGCAGCCCCUGCUGCCGCACAAGAAGGGGGAACAGCCCCUGCUCCUGACAAACUCUGAACUCAAGGAUUACUCCGGCCUCCAUGACUCGGCAGCUGUGAGCGAUGGGAUCUCCGAGAACACCACUGCCAACGGGAUGAAGUCUAUGUAACUGGGUGGAUUUUCCUCCUCCUUUUCCCUCUCCUUUCCUUUUUCAUUUUAUUUGAUGCUGUUGUGCAGGAGCAGCAGCACUUUGGGUGAGAGUGUUUUGCACAGGUUUUACAAACCAGUGGUGGAACAGACGCAGACGCGGGGGGAUUUCAACUCUGCUGCUAAAGUGACUUGUAGGAAUCUUCAACUGUUGUGCAGAUUGCUUUUGAAAAAAGUUAUGGGGGAAAAUACUCAUCUGAGAAAAGACCUGGCUGGAGAUAGCCCUUCAGAACUCUUUUUUCCUGCCAUUAAAUAUGUAUAUUUAUUUUGAUUUAUUCUCAAGAAGCACUUUAUUUCCUUUUCCUUUCAUAAAUCACAAAAAUGAAGCCAUCUAAUUAUAAGAGGUGCAGCCAUUCCAAGAAAGAAACCAUGGGGGGGUGGGUGUUGUUUUCUGGUUUGUUUUUGUGUUUCUUAAAGGAAGGAAGUAUCCACUGCAAAGUUGAACUGACUGUAAUUCAGACUUGCGCAACAUUCUUCUGCCUGUCUAGAAAGUCAAAGCGCCCAGGUUGCCUGCUGUGUUUGUAUAUACCAAAAAAGAAAACAGAACAGGAAAAAAAAACAAAGCAAAACCUGUUGUGACUCAAAGUCUGACUGCAUUUUAGGCAGCUUAUAUUUGAUUUUUUUUAGCCCCUAUGCAUUUAAAAGUUACUUUCCUAAUUAGUACCUUUUUUUUCACCAAACGGAGUGAAGAAAAUCCUACCCAAACUGAGCUGAGAUUUCAAUCCAUAUCAGCCUUAUGCAUUUUAAGAGUCCAUUCAUCUCUCUUAGACUGUUCUUGCUGGUGUUUAAUAGUAAUGUAGACUAUGUAGAUGAUUUGACCAAUGAUGCAAAAAAAAUUUUUGCCAAGAAUGGCAUUAGCUACCAGGAGGUCCAGAAUCUUCAACUGACUGGUCUGGGAGAAGAGCAUAGACCAGCAGGAACAAAAAAUAAGGAGCACUGGCUAUGUGUUUGUAUUUCUAAAGGCAGCAUAACUGGGAUUCCCACUCCUGGGAGAUGAGAGUUCUGGCAUUGCCCUGCCUGUUUUUAAAAACGGAGUUUUUGUUUUCAAAUUAAACAGACAAAAUACUUAAGUAACUGUCAGAAGGGAAUGAAUUGAUAGCCUGUGAAUAAAGACUCAAGGUCUGUUGUUGGCCAUCUUGGGGCUUUUGGAGAUGUUUUCUGUUUCUGACACAAGAAUAUACAGUGAACUCGCCUAUAUUUCCCUUUUUCCCCAACUGCUCUUUUAGGAUUUCUUUAAGAAAAAAAAAAUGUCUACUUAAAUUGGAUUGAUCCUACUCUAUGCUAAACAAAGUAAAGGUACAGUUUGUCUCUUACUGUACAGAUGACACUUUGAUAAUAGCUAUUUGACUUCUCUCUUCUAGUCCCCAAACCAGCAGUUUGUUUUGGCCAUCAGAUUUUGGUUCUCACUGUGUGACUUCUGUGAGGAUCGUGUUCAAUGCAAGGACUAUCUGAACGAACAGCUUUCUUGCAUUGUAGUUAACCUUCCCUCCUCUCCCUCCCUCUUUUCCUUUUCCACUCAGGCCAUGCAUUUGUGAUUGCUCAGUAGUACAGACACUUAAACAGAGCAGCAGGAUGUCGAUGUUGUAUUGAGUGUCCAUAUGAUUGCCACUUUGAUGUUCAUCUUGUGUUCAUAAACAUGGGAAGUGCUCAUUUGCACUUUCCUCUUCUACCUUCUCUCCCCUUUCCUCCUUUGCUGUAUAUAUUGUCUAUUAACUACUGUACCUAACAAUUUCCAUCCUCCGUUAGGCUGCCUCUGUCCUCUUACUGUCCCCAGUAAAUGCGAGAGAUGCUCCCUGGUGGGCAAUGCAGUAGGCAGCACAGCCUCAGAUGCUAAUGAGUGCAAGGGGACAUGCAGAAGCGACAGAUGUUUUCUGUGAUGUUCAGAAAAACAAUGUUGUCCUAAAGCUGCUGAUUUUUGUACAGAGGAUGUGGACAUUGGGCUCUUCUUGAGCCUUGUAAGAAACACUGGACCAGUUGAUAGUAAUUUUGCCCAAAGUUACACAACUGUUUUUUCACCUUUGUUAGACUUGCUGUGAUAGCGAGAGCCCGAUCUUCCUUACGCUCAAGUUUUACUGUCUAGCUCAAGAGCGACCAUUUCUCCCUUUCUGUUCUGUGCUGACAUUUCUUCAAUCUGUGUUCACCUAAGAAAAAAAGAAUUAAGGUCUUUCCAAUUCAUGCGGUAUUCAUGUGCCAAAUUUGUGUAAUACCUUUUGCCUUUUCUGCUUGUUACAAGCCACCCAUUGGGGAAAAGCGGGUUCCCAAUGAAACUGAAAAAGCAAAGUAAGUCUGAAUGGAAGAGAGAAAAAGGGCCUCGAAGCGGAGCAGGGAGAAGCGCAGAGGUGGAGUGGGCACAGAGCUGUCGCGCAGCGAUUUGCGAUCCAUCAUGCCCUGGAGCAGCUCUUCUAUUCGUGGUCUCUGUGCGUGUGUACUCAAGCUACAGUAUGAAUCUUGUAGACCAUUCACAAGCCUAUUAAACUGGUUGCUUUCAGCACUGUUAGCGGUCCUGGUGUGCUCACUGCUGUUGUCCACAGCGCUUUAUCGUUUCCUAUUCUGGUGUUUGCUCUCUGACGACAAACAGGCCCAAGGAAGAGAAUGGUUGUUUACACAUAUCAACUUUAAUAUAAUAAACACAUUAAGUGACAGGAACACUUGGCAAUUUUUUUAAUUCCUGUGAAAUUUACUUGAUUUGCUGCUUUUAUUUCUUUGCCUGAAACCAGGUACUCGGUACUGAUCUUCUGCAAUAUGGGGCACCCCAACUUCUCCCAUUGGUUUGGCCCUCUGCCUUGGUCACGAGAGAAAAAAUAAAUUAAAAAAAACAAACUGAUUUCCUAUCUUGGUAGCUCCAGUUUUGCUUGUUUUGCUGGAAGGAUGAAAAACUGGGUGUUCUGUGUUGGGUUAUUGCUUGGCGAUGUGUACUACUUUGAAAGCUUUUGUUAAGUUUAUCUAAUGUGAGAAAACUUUCAGAGGAGAAGUACUGUGUGAUGCAGCAGGGCGGAAACAGAAUCUCAUUUUGGGAUGUGCUCUGCCUCAUCCUUCAUUUGGAUGGUGCUGUGCACUUGGGCUACCCUAUGUCAGACCAUCAGCUCCUCAAUCGGAUCUCCUCCAAGGCCGUCACCAGGGAACGCUUUUCUCAGAUGCCUGUUUCUGGUCACCACAACAGAAGAAGCAUUCAAAGCUGUACUGUCCAUUUUGGCCUUUUUUCUGUGAACCUUCAGUAACCUCUAAGUCCAUCAGUGGAUCUUUUUCUUUAUAAUUUACCAUUUACGGUCUUUCUUCCUUUUUUUGUAACUUUAAACAAAAUGUGAAAGUGACAUUAUGCUUGAUCUGUUUUUUUAUUUCCUUCCCCCCCCCCCCCCCAGCUUUCAGUAAUGCUUUUGUUGCCAGACACACUGCAAAUAGAUAAAGACAGCGUGGAGAAACGUGUCAUCUGUUUGGAAGUGUUUUGUGGCAACUCAGAGAGGGUUCUAUGUGAUUUGCUUUUCGUUUUUGGUUGAACGGGCUUUUUUUUUUAUGGAAGUAUUUUACAUAAUUGUUGCCACUUCCUGGAGCCAAACACUAAAGGUCACCAAAUUGGAAGCAGAAGUGCCAUUAAACGAACUCUGUGAAUGUCAAGUCAAGUUGCGCCUGUAGCUGGCACAUAAGACAACGCUCUAAGUGUGGGAUGAUCUCCUCCACUGUAACUUUUUUAAGAAAAAUAAAUGACAAACCUCAUUUUAAAUGUAUUGUGUAAAAUGUUUUGGGAAAGGAGUACAGUGUGUUAUGUCUAGUGGGUGAGGCUUCCCUCCCCAUUUCAGUUUCUGACAAAGUUUUAAAGAAUCGUGCUACUGUAUGUUUUGAUCAUGAAUAGUCUGGUGGUGCUUCUUCAUAGCACAAGCUUAAAUCAAGUACUGAAAACAGUCUUACAAGCUAAAUGUCUGCAUGAUGUUACAUCUGUUGUACCUACUGAAAAACUUUGUAUGUAAAUGUACAGAAUAAAAAGAUGUUGUCUCCUCA